UUUAAAUUGAACAUAAUCGUGAGAGAAAAAGAACCUUUAUUUGAGCCAUUAACUAAGAACUUUGAAGAUGUAUUUUGCAGUAUCUUGAAUGCUAUUUGUGAAGCAGUUACAGGCUUUGACAGACUAGAAUCUCAGUUGUACCUUGAUUGGAAUGGCCCUCCGGCUUUUCUUAAGCCACAAGUUUCAUGGAAAGUAGUCGAGACUUAUAAAAAGGAAAUCGCUUUUACAAUUGAUGAAAAGAAAGUCGAGCCCGAGGAAUAUCUCAAUAAAAUUCGCAGAUAUGCUCAUUUUUUUAAUGACGAAGAAUUAGAAAAAGUUAAUGAAUUUUUAUCCAACAAUUCAAAUAGUCUAAAUGACUUUAAAGAAAAAAUUGAAUAUUAUCAUAAUUUAUCAAAGAACAUUUCCAUUGAAAUAGAAAAAACAUCUUUUACCGAAUUUUUUGAAAUCAAUUACAAUAGUUUCAUUGAGACUGUGACAAAUAAUGUGAAAUCUUUUAAAAUUGCAAUUGUUAAUCAAUUAGUAACUCAAUAUCAGACCGUUGCAAAUAGUGUUGGAGAAGAAUAUCAAUCGAUUGCUGAUCGUGCAUUGAAUGCUCCUGCAAAUACUGCUGGAUUAAUGGAACUUAUCGAUUAUAUGAAAAAGGUGGAGGGGCUCUUCUUAAAACAGUUGGAAAAUAAGCUUCAGAAUAUAAUCGAGAUUUUAGGAGUUUUAUCUGACUAUUGGAUUCUAAGUGAAGAUGAGAUACGAACAAAUAACAUUGCAUUUCAAUGGUAUCAUAAAAUUCCUCAAAUUUUGGAAGACAACAGAAUUAUCAUUGAGAAUAAAACUCAAGAAUUUCAAGAAUCACUUAAAAUUAGAUAUCAAAAAUUUGAAGAAGAAUUGGAAUUGUAUGCCAAACAAGUUGAGGAUGUUCAAUAUUGGGGUGAUAUAGAUGAAAUAUUUAAUUAUCAAAAGAAGGCACAGGCAUUGGAAAAUAAAUUAAUUCACGCCAUGCAAAAAAUAGACAAAUUUAAUGAAGAAGAAAAUGCCUUCAAAUGGGAAACAACUCAAUAUCCAUUAAGAAAGAAAAUUGCCGAUCGUUUAGUGUCUUUUAAAAAAUUGUUCGAUGCUGGCUGUGAAUUUUUGAUGAAACAUGAAAAAUGGAUUAAUUCACAAAUUGGUAUUUUUAAUCCAGAGGAAAUUGAAAACGAUGCCUCUUUGGCGUAUAGAACCCUUUUCAAGCUCGAAAGAUCAUUUCAAGAAGCAGAAUCAAAGAGACUUGCUCGUAUGUUGAGGGAGAAGAUAGAAAUUUUUAAAGAUCAUAUGCCAGUGGUAAUGACACUUGGCAAUCCUGGAAUGAAAUCACGUCAUUGGGAGGAGAUUUCCGAAAUAAUUGGAAUUCCAAUUAAAGUCGAUGCGAAUUUGACACUUGGCAGAGUUUUGGAUAUGAAUCUCGAUCAGUUGGUUGAUAAAUUUGAAGGAAUAUCGGAAUGUGCCAGUAAGGAGAGUACAUUAGAAAAAAAUAUCGACAGAAUGCAUAAAGAUUGGAGAGAUAUGGCAUUUACAGUGAAUCCCUAUAAAGAUAUUGGUACCUUUGUUGUCGCUGGAGUCGAUGACAUUCAAGUUUUACUCGAUGAUCAUAUCACAAAAGCUGUUACAAUGAAAAAUUCACCUUACAUUAAACCUUUCGAGACUGAAAUUAUAAUGUGGGAGAAAAAAUUGUACUUGCUGCAGGAUAUCUUGGAUCAGUGGUUGGUGGUUCAGGGAACGUGGAUGUAUUUGGGGCCAAUUUUUUCAUCGCCUGAUAUUCAACAGCAGAUGCCCGAAGAGGGUAGGAAAUUCAGUGCCGUUGAUAAAACUUGGCGCGAUAUCAUGAAAACGGUGAACGCCGAUCCUCGUGUUAUGUCUGUUGUGAAAAUAGAUAAAAUGCUGGAAAAACUCAAAAAGAGUUUUGGUUUAUUGGAAUUAAUUCAAAAAGGUCUCAAUGAAUAUUUGGAAAAGAAAAGACUCUUUUUUCCGAGAUUUUUCUUUCUCUCGAAUGAUGAACUUUUAGAGAUUCUCUCAGAAACCAAGGAUCCAACUCGAGUUCAGCCACAUUUGAAAAAGUGUUUUGAAGGAAUUGCAAAAUUGACAUUCGAUGAGGAUUUGAUAGUUCAUGCGAUGAAAUCGGCUGAAGGUGAGGUGGUUGAAUUGGUGGAUUUAAUAUCAACAGCGGCUGCUCGUGGACAAGUUGAAAAAUGGCUUGUGGAAUUAGAAGGUGAUAUGAGAAAAAGUGUAAGGCAAAAAGUUUAUCAAGCAAUUGGAGCUUAUCCAAAUAAGGAGAGGACAAUUUGGGUUUUGGAGUGGCCAGGACAAACGGUUCUUUGCGUCAGUCAAUUGUAUUGGACACAGCAAAUUGAAGAAGCAAUUGCUGAUAAAAAUAAUUCGAUUUUAGCUUUGCAAAAAUAUCUCGAUCAAUGUCAAGAGGAAUUAAAUGCAAUUAUUUUAAUUAUCCGCGGGAAAUUGUCGAAACAGAAUCGUAUCACUUUGGAGGCUUUGGUAACUUUGGACGUUCAUGGAAAGGACGUACUAGCAGAUCUUGUGAACAAAAAAGUCACAAGCAACAAUGAUUUUAAUUGGCUGUGCCAACUUAGAUAUUACUGGCAGCAAGACAAUAUGUUCACCUAUAUGAUUAAUUCGUUUUUGCGCUAUGGAUACGAGUAUCUUGGUAACACGGGAAGGUUAGUGAUAACACCUUUAACGGAUCGUUGUUAUCGUACCCUAUUUGGGGCUUUGAGUCUUCAUUUAGGUGGAGCGCCAGAAGGUCCAGCAGGAACGGGAAAAACUGAAACCACCAAAGAUUUGGCGAAAGCAAUGGCAAAACAAUGCGUUGUCUUCAAUUGUUCCGAUGGACUUGAUUAUAUUGCUCUUGGAAAAUUUUUCAAAGGUCUCGCAUCAUGUGGCGCUUGGUCUUGUUUCGAUGAAUUCAAUCGAAUUGAUCUUGAGGUAUUGUCAGUGGUGGCACAACAAAUUUUAACAAUUCAACGAGGUAUUAAUUCAUCGGCUGAAACGUUACUUUUCGAAGGAACGGAAAUUAUUCUCGAUCCCACUUGUGCUGUGUUUAUUACCAUGAAUCCUGGAUAUGCUGGAAGAUCUGAAUUACCGGAUAAUUUGAAAGCACUUUUUAGAUCAGUCGCUAUGAUGGUACCUGAUUAUGCAUUAAUUUCUGAGAAUAUUCUUUAUUCAUUUGGCUUUUAUAAUGGACGAUCAUUGGCUGUUAAAAUUGUCACAUGCUAUAAAUUAUGUUCCGAGCAAUUGAGUAGCCAAUGUCAUUAUGAUUAUGGAAUGAGAGCCGUCAAGUCAGUGUUAACAGCUGCUGGAAAUUUAAAGUUAAAAUAUCCAAAUGAAUCGGAAGAUAUUAUUUUAUUACGAAGUAUCAAUGAUGUGAAUUUGCCGAAAUUUUUAAAUCAAGAUUUACCACUUUUCCAAGGAAUUGCGUCUGAUCUUUUUCCAGGUGUUAUUCUUCCAGAACCAGAUUACACGCACAUUAAUAAUUACACGAGGGAAGCGUGCGCUAAUCCAAAGGAUAAUCUUCAAUGUACACCUUAUUUUCUUGAAAAAGUUCAACAAAUUUAUGAAAUGAUGAUUGUCAGACAUGGAUUUAUGAUUGUGGGUCUACCAUUCGCGGGAAAAACAUCAGCCUAUAAAAUGUUAGCCGAAUGUUUAACGUUGAUGGAGAAAAGAGAAUUGAUGAAUGAACACAAAGUGGAAAUCACUGUUAUCAAUCCAAAAUCGAUUACAAUGGGUCAACUUUAUGGGAAUUUUGAUCCUGCCUCUCACGAGUGGAGCGAUGGUAUUCUUGCUGUUAGUUAUAGAUCGUUUGCAAAUUCUACAAACGAAAACAGAAAAUGGCUCGUUUUUGAUGGACCGGUUGAUGCUGUUUGGAUUGAGAACAUGAAUACUGUUUUGGAUGAUAACAAAAAGCUUUGCCUCAUGUCGGGCGAGAUUAUUCAACUUUCUCCUACCACGAAUUUGAUUUUUGAACCAAUGGAUUUAGAGGUUGCUUCACCGGCCACAGUUUCUCGUUGUGGAAUGAUUUACAUGGAACCAAUUUCUUUAGGCUGGACGCCACUUUUAGAUUCUUGGAUGAAUACACUUCCAGAAUUGUUGAGCGAUCAUGUGAAGUUUCACAUCAAGGACAUGUUUUUGAGAUUUUGUCCUGCUCUCUUGACUUUAAUCCGACGAUCUGGUGUCAAGGAAAUGCUUUACAUGCCUGAUGCUAAUUUGACUCGAUCAGUAAUGUACCUCUUUGAUUGCUUUCUAAUUGACUUUAAAGAUGAUAAAUAUAUUGAAUCUCUCUCGGAUUUAGAAAUCAGAGCUCAAAUCGAGGGCUCUUUCUUUUUCUCUUGUAUCUGGUCAAUGGGAGGUACAAUUUUACCAACUUAUCGUGAAUGGUUCAGUAUACUCUUCAGAGCACUGAUGGAACGUGAAUUUCCCAAUGAUGUGAAGCAACGUUUCAUGUUGGAAAAAAUUGAUAAUCCAAAGAAAUCAUACAUCACGAUGAUGCCAACACUUGGUUUAGUGUUCGACUAUAAAUUUAUCAAGGAAGGUAAAGGCAAAUGGACACCAUGGACAGAUGAUUUACAAAAUCUUCCGCCAAUACCACCUGACAUUCCAAUGAAUCAAUUAAUUAUUCCCACAAUAGAAACAGUGAGAUAUUUUCAUUUAUUUCAAUUGCUCAUUUGCAAUAAGAUACCUGUACUUCUUGUUGGUCCCACUGGAACUGGAAAAUCGGUUUAUAUAACAAAUUUUCUGUUAAAGAAAAAUGAUCCUUUUGUUUAUAAACCAUUGUUUGUUACAUUCUCGGCUCAAACAACAUCCAAACAGACGCAGGAUAUUAUAAUGAAUAAAUUGGAUAAACGAAGAAAAGGUGUCUAUGGUGCUCCACCGGGAAAACAAUGGAUUGUAUUUGUCGAUGAUGUAUCAAUGCCAUUGAAAGAAGAAUACGGUGCUCAACCACCAAUUGAAUUGUUGAGACAGUGGCUUGAUCAUUGGUCAUGGUAUGAUUUGAAAGAUAUGAGUCAAUUGAAAUUGAUUGAUGUGCAAUUAGUUUGUGCAAUGGGUUCACCAUCUGGUGGUAAGGAUGUGACACCAAGAUUCAAGAGGCAUUUCUUCACAUUAGGUAUCUCGGAAUUUGAAGACGAUGUCAUGAUUACUAUUUUUAGUAAAAUUGUAAAAUGGCAUUUUAAAUCUCAAGGAUUUUCUGAUGAUUUUCAAUCUUGUGUUUCUUAUAUUGUUCAUGGAACUUUGGAGAUUUAUAAAGAAACGGCUAAAAAUUUACUACCAACACCCGCUAAAUCUCAUUAUUUAUUUAAUUUACGUGAUUUCUCACGUGUUAUUCAAGGAGUUUUGCUGUCAAAAAAAGAAACAACAACGAGUGUAGCGUCAAUGAAACGUUUAUGGGUGCAUGAAGUGUUGCGAGUUUAUGGAGAUCGUUUAGUGGACGAUAAUGAUUCCAAUUGGUUGGUAGAACAAAUUCGCAGGACACUUUCAAAUCAAAUGUCUGAGGACAUGAAUGAACUCUUCAAGGAUCUUUUGGAUGAUGAAAACACAGUGAUAAAUGAAGUUCAUUUACGCAAUUUAGUGUAUUGUGACUUUAGUGAUCCGUUAAAUGAAAACAAAAUGUAUCUUGAGGUUAAAGAUCUUGAUCACUUGUCUUAUGUUGCUGAAGAAUAUUUAAAUGAAUACAAUUCAAUAUCAAAAACACCCAUGAAUUUGGUUCUCUUCAGAUUUGCUGUGGAGCAUCUUUCGAAGAUAAAUCGAAUUCUAAUGCAACCGAGGAGUCAUGCUUUACUUGUAGGAGUCGGUGGAUCAGGUCGACAGUCUUUGACUCGAUUAGCCUCUCAUAUAUCAGACUAUGAAUUAUUUCAAGUGGAAAUUUCCAAACAAUAUGGAAAACAUGAGUGGCAUGAGGAUUUAAAGAAUUUCCUGAGAAAAACAGCAGCCAGUGAAUUACAUACAGUAUUUAUGUUCACUGAUAUGCAAAUAAAGGAGGAAGCAUUUCUUGAGGAUAUUAGUAAUCUUCUUAAUUCAGGAGAAGUGCCAAAUCUUUUUGAACCCGAUGAGAAAGUGGAAAUUUGCGAACAAAUGCGACUUAUUGAUAGACAACGUGACAAAUCACUUCAAACUGAUGGUAGUCCAAUUGCUCUUUUUAAUUAUUUCAUUCAAGUUGUAAAAGAACAACUUCACAUUGUCGUUGCAAUGUCGCCGAUUGGUGAUAAUUUUCGAAUUUGUAUUAGAAAAUUUCCAGCUCUUGUUAAUUGUUGUACAAUUGAUUGGCUUCAAUCGUGGCCCGAGGAUGCUUUACUUGCUGUUGCUACAAAAUUUCUUGGCGUUAUUGAAUUACCAGAAAUUGAGAGAAACGCUUGCAUUGAAAUGUGUCAGGCUUUUCAUAUAUCGACACAAAAUCUUUCUCGAGAAUUUCACAUUAAAUUAAAGAGAUUUAAUUAUGUGACGCCAACUUCAUAUUUGGAGUUGAUCAAUACUUUCAAGGAUCUUCUUGAGAGAAAACGAAAAGAUGUGCUCAAAGCAAAGAAACGUUAUGAGGCUGGUCUUGGCAAAUUGGACAGUACUCAUAGGCAAGUUGGCAAAAUGCAAGAGACACUGAUUGCCCUACAACCAAAAUUAAUUGACGCUGCCAAGGAUGUGGAAAAGAUGUUGGAGAAUGUUGAAAAGGAGAAUGUGGAAGUUGUUGCGAUUGAGCAGGUGGUGAAGAAGGACGAGGAGGCCGCGUUGGUGGUAGCAGGUGAAGCAGAAGCAAUUCGAUCAGAAUGUGAUGCUGAUUUGCAAGAGGUGAUGCCAAUUUUGAAUGCAGCAAAUACAGCUUUAAAUACAUUAACUCCGCAGGAUAUUCAAAUUGUCAAGGCAAUGAAAAAUCCUCCAGCUGGCGUCAAAUUGGUCAUGGAAGCAAUUUGUAUCUUAAAAGAUGUGAAACCUGAUCGUGUUCCAGGAGAAUCUGGAAGAAUGGUGGAGGACUUUUGGAAGCCGUCUUUGCGAUUGUUGGGUGAUCUUCAUUUUCUCGACUCGUUGUUGACUUUUGACAAGGACAAUAUUUCAGAGAGGAUAAUUGUCAAGAUUCGCACAUCGAUAUUAACAAAUCCAAACUUUGAUCCUGACAAAAUAAGAAAUGCUUCAACGGCUUGUGAAGGUUUAUGCCGUUGGGUUUUUGCAAUUUCUGAAUAUGAAAAAGUGGCUAGAAUUGUUGCACCAAAAAAAAUUGCCCUCGCAAAAGCUGAAGCUAUUUAUAAUGAUGCGAUGGCUCAAUUGGAAGUGAAGAGAGCUCAAUUAAAAGAGGUUCAGGAUCGUCUUGCAAUUCUCGAAGAUAUUCUUGCGCAACGAAAACGUGAUUAUCAAAUGAUGACCGAUGAAGUUGAUGAAUGUGAGGAAAAAUUAAAAAGAGCCGAAGAAUUAAUUGGUGGUUUAGGUGGUGAAUAUAAUAGAUGGUCAGAUACGGCAAAAAAUUUAGGAACACGCUAUUAUCAAUUGACUGGCGAUAUUUUAAUUGGAUCGGGAAUUGUCGCUUAUCUUGGUGUAUUUACAAUGCAAUAUCGACAAAAACAAAUUGAAAAUUGGAUUUCAAUGUGUAAAAAUUUAAAUGUCUAUUGCACAGAUGAUUAUCAAUUAACACAAAUUUUAGGUGAUCCUGUUAUGAUAAGAUCGUGGAAUAUUUUUGGUUUACCUUGUGAUUUAUUUUCCAUUGAUAAUGGAAUUAUUGUUACGAAUUCAAGACGAUGGCCAUUGAUGAUUGAUCCACAAGGUCAGGCUAAUAAAUGGAUAAAAAAUAUGGAAAAGUCGUCAAUGAUUCAUAUAAUUAGACUCACACAACCGGAAUAUAUGAGAAUUCUCGAGAAUGCUAUUCAAUUUGGUCAGCCUGUACUUUUGGAAAAUAUUGGCGAGGAACUUGAUGCAGCCCUUGAGCCGCUCUUGUUAAAGCAAACCUUUAAAUCAAGUGGAACCCUUUGUAUCAAGCUCGGCGAUUCAAUUGUUGAAUAUAAUGACAAAUUCAGACUUUAUAUUACUACAAAAUUGCGAAAUCCACAUUAUUUGCCUGAGGUUGCAGUCAAGGUGACUCUAUUGAAUUUUAUGAUAACUCCUGUUGGUUUGGAAGAUCAGCUUUUAGGAAUUGUCGUUGCUAAGGAGAGACCAGAUUUAGAGGCUGAAAAAAAUCAGUUAAUUAUUCAAGGAGCUGACAAUAAAAAGAUGCUAAAAGAGAUUGAGGAUAAAAUUCUCGAAGUCUUAUCAGCGUCUGACGAGAAUAUCCUGGAAGAUCAGACAGCAGUUUCCAUUUUAAGCUCGUCGAAAGCCCUCUCGAAUGAAAUCGAAGCUAAACAAACGGCUGCUGAAAUUACGGAGAAGUCGAUCGAUGCGGCAAGACUGCAAUAUACAUCGAUUGCUGUUUACAGUACCGUUCUUUUUUUCACUAUCGCGGUAUUGGCAAAUAUUGAUCCAAUGUACCAGUAUUCUCUUGUAUGGUUCGUAAAUCUUUUCAAGACAACUAUCGACAAUACAUCGCCAGUGGAAAAUAUAGAGCAGCGAUUAAAGGAUCUCACGAAAUCCUUCACGUAUUCCUUGUACGUCAACAUAUGUCGUUCCCUAUUUGAGAAGGAUAAAUUGCUCUUCUCCCUUCUUUUGACUGUGAAUUUGCUCAAUAAACAGGGAAAGAUGUCUAUGGUCCAGUGGAUGUUCUUUUUAACUGGCGGUGUCGGUUUGGAGAACCCUCAUCACAAUCCCACUGAAUGGCUUCCUGCAAAAUCCUGGGAUGAAUUGUGUCGGCUUAAUGAUAUUCCAGGAUUCACGAAAAUCAAAGAAGCAGUGACAAAAAAUAUUAAUGGAUGGAAAGUCGUCUUUGAUCACAAAAAGCCGCAGACAUUAACGUUGCCGGCUCCCUUCGAUAAAAUAAGCUUAUUUGAAAAGAUACUCAUUAUUCGGUGCAUGAGACCCGACAAAGUUGUAUCUUCAGUACGAAACUUUGUUGAAGCUGAAAUGGGGAAACAAUUUAUUGAAUCGCCACCGUUUGAUUUGGCGGCAUCGUACGCUGAUUCCUUCUGCAGUGUUCCUCUUAUUUUUGUAUUGACUCCGGGCGCUGAUCCAACUGCGGUUUUACUCAAGUUUGCUGAUGAUCAAGGUUUCGGUGCUAAUAGACUUUUCUCCCUGUCAUUGGGUCAAGGCCAAGGACCAAUUGCCGAAAGGAUCAUUGACGAGGGAAUCAAAAAUGGAACAUGGGUGGUAUUGCAAAAUUGCCAUUUAGCCAAGAGUUGGAUGGGUACACUCGAGAAGAUUUGUGAAAGCUUCACGCCGGAAACGGUUCAUCCGGAUUUUAGACUUUGGUUAACGAGUUAUCCAGCGGACCAUUUUCCCGUUAGUGUUCUACAAAAUGGAGUAAAGAUAACAAAUGAACCACCCAAGGGUUUAAAAGCAAAUAUCGUUAGAUCUUUUCAACAGGACCCAAUUUGCGAGCAGGAAUUUUUCGCGAAAUCGAAGCAACCAGAACAAUUCAAAAGAUUGAUUUUUGCGCUGUGCUUUUUUCACGCUAUUGUUCAAGAGCGUCGAAAAUUUGGACCACUCGGCUGGAAUAACCCUUAUGAAUUCAACGAGACAGAUUUACGAAUUAGCGUGUUGCAAUUAAAAAUUUUUCUCGAUCAAUACGAGGAUGUGCAAUUUGUUGCUUUAAAAUAUCUGACAGGUGAAUGCAAUUAUGGUGGUCGUGUAACGGAUGAAUGGGAUCGACGGACUUUAAACACGAUUCUCGCUAAAUUCUAUAACGAGAACGUGAUUAUUGUUAAUGAGCACGCCUUUGACGAAAGUGGUAUUUAUCAUGUGCCCCAGGUAAAUGAAUAUGGACAAUUUUUGGGAUACAUCAAAUCCCUUCCAAUGAUAACUGGUCCCGGUGUUUUUGGUAUGAAUGAAAAUGCUGAUAUUGUCAAGGACCAACAGGAGACUCAAUUAAUGAUGACGUCGAUUUUAUUGACUCAGGACACUGCCGCUGAUGAUAAUGAUGAUAAUGAGAGUAGUAAAUCACCAGAUGAAAUUGUAUUUGGAAUUUCAAUGGAUAUUUUAUCAAAAUUACCAAACGAUUUUUAUCUUAUUGAAGCUUUGAAAAAAUAUCCAACUUCAUAUGAGCAAAGUAUGAAUACAGUUUUAGUUCAGGAAAUGGGGAGAUUUAAUAAACUUUUGCAAACUAUUAGAGAUAGUCUUUUAAAUUUACAAAAAUCAAUAAAAGGUCUUGUGGUGAUGAAUUCUGAUCUUGAAGAAAUUUACACAUCAAUGAUCACAGGAAGAAUUCCGAUAUUAUGGAAGAAAAAUUCUUAUCCUUCUUUAAAGCCAUUGGGAAGUUACAUACAGGAUUUUCUUCGUAGAUUAAAUUUCCUUCAGAACUGGUACAAUGAUGGACCACCAAAAACUUUUUGGAUAUCUGGAUUUUAUUUUACGCAAGCAUUUUUGACCGGUGCUCGACAAAAUUAUGCGAGAAAAUAUUCAAUUCCGAUUGAUUUGUUGAUUUAUGAUUUUGUGCCUUUGAAAGAAAGGGAAUUCUCAGAAGCACCGUCUGAUGGAAUCUAUAUCUAUGGAUUGUUCUUGGAUGGUGCUCGCUUCAAUAUGAAUGAGAUGAGACUCGAUGAAUCUCAACUAAAAGUGCUUUUUGAUACAAUGCCUUAUCUGUGGUUGAUUCCAAUGACCAAGGAUAAAGUAAAGAAAAGAUUAGUUUAUACAUGUCCAGUUUAUAAAACCAGCGAAAGGCGUGGAGUACUUUCAACAACUGGACAUUCAACUAAUUUUGUUAUUGCAAUGUGGCUUCCAACGAUUCAUUCAGAAGAACAUUGGAUAAUGAGAGGCGUCGCUAUGCUCUGCCAAUUAUCUCAAUAAAACAGGUGGUUGAUAUUCUAAGCGCAAUGGAUUACGAACAAGACGUUGGAGCUGAUCAGUCUUACCAAUCCUUUCCUUUUCCACUUCAGAAGAUGAAACGUCAGUCACUCUUCCUUAUAUUGGAUGAAUUUCUGGAUUAAGGCCGUCUCAAAUGUAGGAUCAUUCGUAAAGUAAAAUAUAAUAUAUAUACUUUGAGUGAAAUUUAUAGGAAAUCUAAUAAUAAAGUAUGAGAAUAUUACGCAUAAUGUAAAAUAAAUUAAAAAAAAAGAAAUCA